AUGCCCGCAUUUGACGAGGACGACGACCGAUCCCAGGAUGGGAGUUUCGACAACGACAAUGACAAUGACAACGACAACGAUGAGACAAUGCAAGAUCUUGACGAUGCGGAAGUCGAUGCUGACGGUGACGGGGACGGAGACAUGGAUCAAGAUGUAGAUGGCGAUGGUGACGGGGACGGAGAUGGAGAUGGCGAGGCUGACGGUGAGGCUGACGGUGAGGCCGAGGCCGAGGGCGAUGGCGAUGAAGAUGAAGAUGCGGAAAGCCAGUCUGAGCAGUCCGACAACGAGGAUGCUUCUGGCGAACAGAAUGCAACACAAGGAGGUGCCCAACUGGCUUCAUCCACACAACUUGACUCUUCCCGAGCUGCCAACGAAUCAAAUAUCUCCCCAGAAUAUCUCGAAGCACCCACGUAUGAUAUCGUCCCAACUAUCGCCGCUCCUCACAGCACAUCUAUCAAUGCCGUCACAUCUACUGGAGAUAUGCGAUGGGUUUUCACAGGAGGUUCGGAUGGCUACAUUCGCAAGUUCAACUGGGUAGAUACGGUCAACUUCAAACUCGCCCUUACGGUCGCCCAACGGCACCCCUUCGUUGACAGUGUGGUAAAGGCAGGGGUACUAAUGACUUACUGGGAGAACUGGGACGCUCGCCCGACCACCACACAAACCUUAUCUCCUGUAUACUCCCUGGCAUGCCAUAGUCAAGCGCUGUGGCUACUGUCUGGCACUGCAUCAGGUCCCAUCAGACUGCAGUCUAUCAGACACGAUGAAGGCAGAGAGAUCGCCUUGCUGCAGAAACACACGUCCGCUGUCUCAGUCCUGACAAUCUCCUCCGAUGAGAAGAGUUUACUCUCCGGAAGUUGGGAUAAAACAGUCUUGGACUGGGAUCUAAACACGGGUCAAGUACGUACCACAUUUGCCUCCAGCGCCAGCCAGAUAUCCUCCAUCGAAGCUCGUCCACUGUCGUCGGUACCAGUUCCAGUCGAAUCAGGGGAAGUUGUUGUAUCCAAUGGAACCUUCUCGUCCAACGACGGUAAAUCCCUUACCAAUGGUGUCAAAAUUGAGCCCGCGAGUCACAGUACUCAGGAACAUCCCGCUGUUGCUACUCCAGAUUCUCUCUUCGAUGACGAUGACCUCUUCGGAGGCGGGGCUGCAGGAGUCAUGGGUAAUGGCAGUGACCUCAACGACGCUUUUGGCGAAGAGGAUGAUGAAAUGACGCGCGCAAUGGCAAAUGGUCCCCAACCAGAAGAUCCCGUCGAUCAUCCCAUGCUGGAUUCUGCGGAUCUACCCGCUCCUGAAGCCACAGCUACCUCUCAAGAUGACUCAAACGCCCCAAAAAACCCCUCGGAAGUCGUCAAUGGCGUGCCGAGUACCCCUGAGCAGCCGCUCGUGAACGGCUUGCCCCACGCGGAGGACCUCGAAAGGCAGGAAGACAACCAGAACGACACUCAGGAUAGUGAAGCCCCGAUUACGUCUGACUCUACGUUUCUCGCGACGUCUAUUGACGGGGCCAUCCGUGUCUGGGAUCGAAGACAAUCGAAACCAGUCGCGCGUGUUCUGCCACGGAACACCCCUCCUUGGUGUUUGAGCGCGUGUUGGUCCCCGGACGGCAACUUCAUCUACGCCGGACGGCGAAAUAACACUGUGGAAGAGUACGACCUACGCAAGGGCCUUAAGGGCCCUGAACGAGUAUUUCGAUUUCCAAAUGGAAGCGGUGCGGUCACAUCAGUAAAGGCUAUGCCAAACGGACGCCAUCUGAUAUGUGCUUCCUAUGAUAUCCUACGGUUGUAUGAUCUGAAAGAGUCACAGUCUCAACGAUCAACGGUCCCGUUCUUGAUCGUGCCCGGGCAUCGCACUGGGGUUGUAUCACAUCUGUACCUUGAUCCAGCCUGUCGGUUCAUGCUCUCUGCUGGAGGCAACCGGGGUUGGGAAGGUGCUUCGACCGAGGUGCUUCUGGGCUAUGAAAUAGCUCCUGGCCGAUGA